UCAAGAUUGAGUCUUUUUGAGUAAAGAGAAGAUAAAAUGGCAUCAAUGUUGCUUAGUCGACAGCUGACCUGUUGCCUGCAGCAAAACCCUAGACUGCUUGUGUUUGGGCACAGAUAUAUCAGUCAAGCUGCAGCUAAAAUUGAUGUGGAUUUUGAUUAUGAUGGACCUCUAAUGAAGACAGAAGUUCCUGGACCACGAUCUAGAGAAUUAAUGAAGCAGCUGAAUGGAAUUCAGAAUGCAGAAGCUGUGCACUUUUUUUGCAACUAUGAAGAGAGCCGAGGAAACUACCUAGUAGACGUAGAUGGCAAUCGCAUGCUGGAUCUCUACUCUCAGAUUUCAUCCAUCCCAAUAGGUUACAGCCAUCCCUCUCUGAUAAAGCUUCUACAGCAGCCACAGAACUUGAGCACUUUUAUCAACAGACCUGCCCUAGGGAUUUUACCUCCAGAGAACUUUGCAGAAAGACUGAAGGAAUCUUUGUUAUCAGUGGCUCCUAAGGGCCUGCCACAGGUGAUCACCAUGUCUUGUGGAUCCUGCUCCAAUGAAAAUGCCUUUAAAGCAAUAUUUAUGUGGUACAGAAACAAGGAGAGGGGCCAUAAUAACGUCACAAAAGAGGAACUGGAAUCUUGCAUGAUUAACCAGAAGCCUGGGUGUGGUAUUAUUUUAAUUUUUGCUUUUCUGGGUUUAGGUUGCUUAGCUACAACUCACUCUAAAGCAAUUCACAAAUUGGACAUUCCAUCGCUGGACUGGCCUAUUGCUCCUUUUCCAAGGCUGAAGUACCCUCUGGAAGACUUUGUGAAAGAGAAUCAACAGGAAGAAGCCCGCUGUUUAGAGGAGGUGGAAGACCUGAUUGUAAAGUACAGGAAAAAGAAGAAGAUUGUGGCUGGCAUCAUUAUAGAACCAAUACAGUCAGAGGGUGGGGACAACCACGCUUCGGAUGACUUCUUCAGAAAGCUACGAGAUAUUGCCAGAAAGCACGGCUGUGCGUUCUUGGUGGACGAGGUGCAGACGGGAGGGGGCUGCACGGGCAAAUUCUGGGCACAUGAACACUGGGGCCUGGAUGACCCGGCUGACGUGGUGACCUUCAGUAAGAAGAUGAUGACAGGAGGAUUUUUCCACAAAGAGGAGUUACGGCCAAAUGCUCCCUACCGGAUUUUUAAUACCUGGCUGGGAGAUCCAUCCAAGAACCUUAUGCUUGCUGAAGUCAUUAAGGUUAUUAAAAGAGAAGACCUUCUAAACAAUGCAACCCACGCCGGGAAAGCGCUGCUGACUGGGCUGCUGGAUUUACAGGCUCGCUACCCCCACCUCAUCAGCAGAGCGAGGGGGAGAGGAACGUUCUGUUCGUUCGACACUCCGAAUGAUGCAACUAGGAACAAGCUGAUCACCAUAGCCAGAAACAAAGGUGUUGUGCUGGGAGGCUGCGGCGACAGAUCGAUCCGCUUCCGUCCAACACUGAUCUUCAAGGAUCAUCACGCGCACCUCUUCCUGAACAUUUUCAGUGACAUCUUGGCAAACUUCAAGUAAAAAGCAGUUCCCUCGCACUGAACAGCCGAUUAUGAAAUUAGUUUGCAUUAAUUCAUGUCUCCUCUACUUACGAGAUAAGUGUAAAGUCAUAAACUAAGGUUUGUGUUCUGUCCGUACCCUUGCGGCCCGAGGCAAGCUGCUCCACGUGAGCCCUGGCAGAGCAUUGGUGCUG